AUGCUCAAGAAUGAGGUGAGUGGCUCUGGAAUUCUGGACUGGUCUCUUUUUGGGUGCUUUGAGAAACAGCAGCAGGAGGAGGAGGAGGAGGAGGAGGAGGAGCAGUGGGGGGAGUUGCCGGAUGUGGCUUCUUAUAUGAGCUUGAGGCAGCAGUAUGAGCUGAACGCUGCAACGAUGCUCAAGAAUGAGGGUAACAAGCUGCAUGGGAUGGGAAAGUACUCAGAAGCUGCAGAGAAGUAUAACAGGGCGCGGGACAACCUAGCCAUGCAUUCGUCCCCAGCAGCAGUUUCCCUGCGGCGCACAUGUGCAGUCAACCUCAUGUCUUGUCACCUCAAGACCAACGCCUUUGCCCAUGCUGUCUCUGUUGGCACUCAGGUGAUUUCUGAAGAUGGGUCUAACCUCAAGGCGCUAUACAGACGAGGAUUGGCCUACAAGGAGCUUGGGCAGCUGAAAGUAAGUGCAGGGUUCAGAUUUAUGGGAUAG